AUGAAAACAGAAACUGAACAAGACGGAUGUUGCACUUCGGUCCUCAAAAAUACAGGUCACGAAACACCAGACCCCAAAAUUACUCAACUUCCUUUCAAUGCACCAAGUACUGAAAUGUAUGGGAUCUACAAAGAUGACGGAUGCAUGCCUACGGCAACUUCCGCUUAUACAGCACCAGCAUUUACCCCGAUAUGUUACGGAGAUUCACCACCGCCUCUACCUCACGCUUCAAGGACCUACAAAUUCCCACCAGAAGCGACAACCGCGCAGAACAGCCUAACGGAAUUCGCGUCGACAUUAGAAACCUUGGACUAUAUUAUAAUCAGCCUUAUAAUUGUUAUGUCAAUAUUGUGCUCGGUAAUCCUUGUUUAUAUCUACGCAACCUGA